AUGAACGUCCCGACGCCGAGGAGCGGUGAUGCAUGGAUGGCGGAAGAUGAGUACGACUACUACUCGCCGCAUGGAACUGUCUUCAAGGCCUUGGCCCAGAAGAUGACGCUCGCGACCAAGGCCUCCAAGGUCGACACCGACGCCCGAGCACCGCUGCCCGAGCCGCCGACGUCGAGCCUCGACGAGGUCUUGCACUCCCACAAGACGAGUCUCCUUGCAGCAGAGCAUGCGACGUACUUGGACCUCCAGCAGAAGAAGUCGGCUGCGAUGCAGCGCGGGUUCCCGGACCUCCUCGCGCUCUCGUCCGAUGAGCACGACGUUUUCAACCGCAUCCACCAGACCGUCAAGGCCGAGCAGCGCAACUUUCACAAGAGCUUUGACAACCUCGCCAAGGCCGACCUCUUUGUCUUGACGGCGCUGCCUCAUAGCAUCGAGACGGCCGUCGAUGCCUUCUUGCGCCAGCGCUGCAACGAUGCUGCCGACAUGUACCCCACCACGUACUCGCGCGUCAGCAUCAUCUCGUUCCCGUUGACGCCGUCGACGGACGCACCGCCAAAGUACAUUGCCCGCGUCGCACGCGCCUCGGUCAAGCCGGCCCUCAAGCGCCCGUUGCCAAGCCCUCUGAGUGCGCUGGAAGCACCGAUCACUUGGACGACGGGAUAUGUGCUCUCCAAGGACGCCAAGGCUGCCGAGCUCGUCGCGCAGGAGGACUGCGACGUCGCCAUUGCGACCUCGACGCUCACAAUGCUCUUUGACACGACCCCUGACCGGUUCCGCCAGGCAUGGAUGAUCCCGGUCGUCGUACGGGCUGGUCCCAAGAAGAAACACGUGGUCUUUGACAAGCCGCUCGUGAAUGCUGUCUGGAGCGGGCGCAAGAAGCUCACGCUCUUCGCUCGCAAGCUUCUCAAGGCGUCCAUGACCGAGACUUCAACCUCGCGCGCGUACCAUUACCACACGUGGUCGAUCGGGUCCAAGAAGAUGCUGCUCCGAACGCAAACCCACGGCUAUGAUCCGGUGAAGAACGUGGACGUGACGAUCCAGGCCAAGAUCGACUACGAAUGGUGCUCGACGCCCGAGCAAAUCACCGAGUCGGAGCGCGCUCGGUGGUGGCUGCAGUCGUGGAUCCGUGGCAACGCUGGCAUUGUCGUCGGCCGCAUGCACGCCAACGGCGCCAAGGUCAUCGAUGUCUCGGACAAGACGAUCACGUCCGUGGCCUCGUCCGUGGCAAAUCCGCUGACCAAGUUUGCCAUGGUGCAAGAAGUCGUUGCUCACAUGAGCGAGUUGCCACCGGGCGAGUACCUCCUCUCGUACGACCCGUCGUACAACGGCAUUCACGUUUACGACGCCACGAUCAAAGACACGGGCGACGAUGCCAAGCUGCAUCUUCCAGACUUCCUGGAGAAGGCGGGGCGCUGGGACCGAACACUCUUGGACUCGGUGCUGCCCGAGUGGCGCGAACCGGGUCAAAUCCCGUACACGUUUGCGCUGCCAACCUACUGCAAGAGCUACUUUGAGACCAACGGGACGUGCGCGCGUCUCGCCAAAGGCUACCGCUGCGCCUUUGUUCAUCUGCGCCGCGACCAACAGCGGCCGCAACUCUACAUGAUCCAGCCGGUGAUCCACACACAGUUCAAGAGGGAGCUGCCGGCGCGCAAAAUCAAGUUUCCCUACUGCUCGAAAGCGCUCGCGAACAAGUGCACGACGAAAGGGUGUAGCGACCCGCAUUUGUCGCAGCACGAAGUCCUCAAGCGUCUUGCGCGCGAGUACGUCGAGGUGGGCAUGGCCCGCCACCGCGACCCGAAGAAGCGCAAACUUGCCACCGACGAUACGCAAGAUGUAUGA